AUGAAGAACAAGGAGCAACAAGGCAAAGGUGCAAGUUCAUAUCUGAAACUCUUCUGUGCUCAACUAGACCUUCUCAACUUCGUUGCUCAUGCUCUAGUUUUUGGCAUUGGUUUACUCAUUGGCAUAACUCUCACUUUCUUUAUCAAGAAUUUCUCCUUCAUCAACUUUCAAAUCCAACAAUUCUCCCUCCCUUCCUAUACCCUCAAACCACCACCACCACCUUUCUCUCCAAUCUCCUCCAACCUCUCAUUAUCAAUAUCAAACAACAACCAAACCAAAAACGCAUCUCACUAUCCUGUAGGAUUAGUCUUUGACUCUGGACAGAAAAACACGUCCUCUUCACCCCCAAAAGAUAACCAAACCACACCUUCUUCUGAUUCCUCCAUCAGGGUGACGAACUUCACCAGAAUUGGAUUGAGUGAAUUCUUGAAGCCCCCAAUGGCCAUGCAUGAUAUGACUGAUGAAGAGUUGCUGUGGAGAGCCUCCAUGGUUCCAAUGAUCCAAAAACUCCCGUUCAAACAGACUCCAAAGGUUGCAUUCAUGUUUCUGACAAAAGGGCCUGUGCUAUUGGCUCCUCUGUGGGAGAGAUUCUUCAAAGGAAAUGAAGGGUUGUACUCUAUCUAUGUCCAUUCUCACCCUUCUUUCAAUGAAACAGUGCCUGAAAGCUCUGUGUUUCAUGACCGCAAUAUCCCCAGUAAGGAAGUAAGGUGGGGUGAGAACAGCAUGAUAGAGGCAGAGAGACGCCUAUUAGCCAAUGCACUCCUUGAUUUCUCCAACCAACGUUUUGUACUUCUCUCAGAGGCAUGCAUCCCUUUGUUCAACUUCUCCACCAUCUACACUUAUCUAAUGAACUCAACCAGCACCUUUGUGGAGGCCUACGAUCAGCCAGGUGAAGUUGGUCGUGGCAGGUUCAAGCCCAAAAUGAGGCCCCAGAUUAGGCUCUCCCAAUGGAGAAAAGGGUCUCAAUGGUUUCAAAUAGACCGUUUUCUUUCCCUUCAAAUAGUCUCAGAUCACCUCUACUUCCCAGUUUUCAUGAAGUACUGCAAACCUAAUUGCUACAGUGAUGAACACUACUUGCCCACAUUUGUUAGCAUCAAGUUUUGGAAGAGGAACUCCAAUAGGACCUUGACAUGGGUUGAUUGGUCAAGGGGUGGUGCUCAUCCUUCAAGGUAUUACAGAACAGAUGUGACAGUUGAGUUUUUGAACAAGUUGAGGUUUGGAAGGACAUGCGAGUACAAUGGACACACCACCAAUAUUUGUCAUUUGUUUGCCAGAAAAUUCACAACUCAUGCUUUGGAUAGACUCCUCAGAUUUGCUCCAAAGCUCAUGCAAUUCAAUUGA